AUGAGCGCCCAAUUAAAGGCAGAAGCGAAGCCGAACGGAGUCGUACCGCAGCAAGGGCAGCGGCUAGAGGCUACUCCGGAUGAGGUUGGUCGUGGAACCGACCAAGUUGAAGAAGUUCAUCGUGGCGAGCAACAGCAGCACGCCCGAGACGUGGGGCCAUGUGAGGUGGCGCGUCAAGGGGUGCAGGAACCAAAAGCUGCAGAACCGGCCCGAAGCUCUGAGACCACAGCUGCACCAGUACAGGCGAGGUUGCGAACGGAAACCUUGAUGAUGCCGGAUGUAGGUGGGCGAUCAGGACUGGGAAGUGCUGGGGCGGUCAACACUGCUGCAGGUUCGUCGAGUGGCUUCUUCACCCCAAAGGCUGCGACAACGGCCCGAGGGGCAGUCAACCCACCUUGGAUGGGGAACGUGGAAUCCUUUGCCAGGAACAAGCCCUCCAUACAAUACGCCGCCAGGGGGACCUGCCUUCAGGCAGCGUUCGCCGGCCAGGGCAAGAGCUAUACCUCCGGCACCCACGCCACCGCUAUCCAGGCCGAAGUCCAACGGCAGCUUCGAGGCAUGGCGGGACAACUGCGGGAUUACGAGAGCAGAAACCAGCAGCUAGAGCGUGAGUUGGUUGAGGUAAAGGAGCAUCUUCGACGUGAACAGGAGAGAAGAAUGACCGGGGAUGACUAUUACAGGGCUUUCCCGAACCACGAGGUGAGCCUUCCCGGCUACAUGUUGAUGGCCGGGUACCUGAGAAUGCCGGUGUACCUAGAAGUGGGGUUCCUAUUCUUGGUCAGGGACUACCUGAGGGACCUAGAGUAUUUCAAAGUGAACUUCCUGCACUGGGUCAAGGAGUAUAUCAUGGUCCCGGAGAGAAGAGGGGCGAAGACGCUCCGCUACCAGUGCCCCCAGAGAGAAGAAACUGGACCAGGACUGCUGAGGUCGUGGUUCGCUGGGCGCCCAAGGAGUCAGACACCGCCACCUAGGCCUCAGAGAGAGCAGUCUGAAUCCCCGGUGCUAGAAGCUCUGGCACGCGGAGUUCAACAACUACAAGAACUACAAGCGCAAGCCCUCUCAAAAGCUACUAUGAGCACAGGUUCGGAAGUAGUGAAGCCUGGAACCAUGUCACUCAUGAAGAUGCCAGAGAUCAAGGACGGUGCCGAGUCUGCCUUGACUUUUCAGGAUUGGUUGGAGGUUUCAUCGUCAAUCAUGGCUGACAUCAGUGAGGGCAGCGGUGAAUGGUGGUCAGGUGUGAUGGGCCAGGUGGAAGAGGCUUAUGAGAAGUGGUUGAUGGCGUCACCCCUUGAAAGGUUGGCGGUUGAGCCUACGGAUCCAGAGUUGUGGGCUACGGGGAAGUGGAACCGUGUAAAUGCGAGAGGAGCAUCGAUGAUCCUAGCUGCAAUGUCCGACACGCUCAAGGCAGAUGUAGUGGCACGACGGAGCACACAGAGUUGCACGAAGCUAAUGUUCCGGGCCUACACGUUCUACCAGCCAGGUGGUGGUGCUGAGCGGCAGGAUGUUCUAAAGCGGUUACAGAAUCCUCUCGAAUAUGUCCCAGGAGAAUCAGCUGAGCAUGUUCUACAAGUGGUGCGUUCGUGGCCAAGGUGGAUGGAAAGGUGCAAGAGAGUCCACAUGACCCCGCCAGACGCCUCAGUGCUUGCAAGAGGACUCACGAUGCUAACUGAAAGGCAUAUCAACAUGUCAACAGAUGCAAGCUUCCGAACGUCUAUGCUACGAGCUAGCCUACGUUUAGACGCUCGUCCUACAGUCCCUCAAGUGCAGGCGUACCAGAAGCACCUGCAAGCAGAGCUCGAAUCCAUUGUGGCGGCAGGCUCGCUGCAGAACACCAUGAUCCCCAAGCUGAAGGCAGUGGAGGCACCGUUGCAGCCAAAGGCCAAAGACGCUGGGGGAAAGGGAGGGCCUAGCACAGACCUCUGCAGGUAUUUUGCAAAAGCCUGUGGUUGCAAAAGAGGGGAACGCUGCAGCUAUGCACAUACAAUGGCAGGGAUGGACAAAGAUACGAGGUCAAAGAAGUGUUUGAAGUGUGGAGCUGAAGCACAUAGAGCUAAAGACUGCCCUAUCGGUAAGGCGGCCCCAAAGACACCGACUCCGACCUCUACUACAUCUUCAAGAGAGACGCAGCCUAAGAAGCCACCGCCUUCGAGCCAGGAGAACGCCACUGUGAGCACCAUGGCAACAGCAGGAACCACAGGCUCAGGUAUGACAUCCAUGAGCGACGUCAUCCAGGGAACACCCUGGACUCUGGAAGCCCUAGUGCAAGCAGCGCAACAGGUCGUUCAGACCCAAGGCGUUGACCCUGGCUCAGAGUCAUCACCAGAGAAGACUAGACCCCAGAUGAAGGUCUUGAUGUUGAGGGACAUUCGGGUUUGCAGUGCGAGUUCGAUCACAACGGCGUUGGUGGACUCAGGUGCUACACAUGGACUAAGGACGGCGAGAUCUACAGAAGAGUGGCUGAGCUCGGAAGAAAUCUCCGUCCAGCUGGCAGGCCAUCACCAGUUGGUUAUGAGGAUCACGCCGGGAGGUACGUUAUUGAUGCCUCCGGUCAAGGUUGAGGGAAAGGGGCCACCAGCAGCAAUGGGUCAAACUAUCGUUCCCAUGGGUGAGUUGAUCAAGACUUUGGGGUAUUCUAUGUUUUGGACACCCGAAGAAUGCUACCUUCAGGAACCAUCGGGACGAAGAAUACCUUUGCAAACAGAGAGUGGUUGCCCGCAGAUGUGUGAGAUGGAGGCAUUGGCCAUCAUUGCUCGCCUGGAGGACCGGCGCUUGGAAGAGUUGAAGAACGCUAUGCUGCUGACCAAGGACAGGGUUGGAGUGGCAGCACUGGCCAUGGAAAAAACGUGGGAUGCAUUUCUGUUGGACUACGUUGGAACUGGGUCAUUUGAGUCAGGGCUAAGAGCGGUUCGAGAUGCUCCAUUCUUCAGAGACCUUCCGGGAGAAUGCCUCGGGGGGAUGAUUCCCACUGGAGGAUUGUGGUCCGGAUGGGACAUACUAAAGGAAGUUGGAUGCUUUACACGGGCCCAGAAAAGAAAGCUCCUGAACUCGAAGCGCUGGGUUGUUCAUCUCUUUGCGGGAAAGGAAGGUCACUACGAGAUUAUGAAGCUCGACCAGGGCGAAACAACGGUGAUAGAAGUGGAUGUGAGCCGGAGCCCAGGUCUAGACUUGUUACGGUCUGAGCUGUGGAGGAUGCUACUGUGGGGAGCGAAGGAGGGCAAGAUCGAUGCAGUUAUCGGAGGACCCCCAGGCAGAACCAGUGAGCACUCUCGUCGCGGUGAUCGUGAUGUGAGGUCUAUGACAUUGGUGGCGAGGAUGUUUUGGUUGCAUGCAGUAGCCCAAGUGGGACGAGAGCUUUAUGGAGGAGUUCACAAUCAUAACAGGGAGGUAGCGUUCAUGAUUGAGUACCCCGAGGGCAUGUCCACAGAGGAGCGUGAGCUACUUGAUGCAGAAGUUCAGCGAGCUGAAGAUGCACGUCGUGAUCCUUCUGGACGGGCAGGCCCGGCAGGGUGGGAGGAAACGCGGAUGUACUGGGAAUCAGUUCAGCGUCCCCGUUUGGAGCGUCUACAGGGGAAGCCCACAAUGGAUGCAAGGGGAAGUUUUUGGGACACCCGAAUGUGGAAGUCCUACCAGCAGAGAGAAGGAUUACGAUUGGUGUCGUUUGACCAAGGUGCUACCGGAGGCUUGUCACGGAACCGUACGACCUUGGGAACAAAUGUGGCUAGCUUGUUGUCUCUUGAAAACCUACGCCUUUCCGAGGAGGAGGAAAUGCCAGAGACUUCGAAUGGAGAUCACGUGUGGUCUCCUGGGUUGGUCAAUGCGGUUGUGGUGGCCUUGAGCUUAUGGGAUCGAGACCCACGCUGUGCACCAAGGUUGCCCAGGGUACAAGCGAUGUCAGCGGCGCAGUGGAAGCAGCAUGUGGAUAGCAACCACGAGGUCUUCCGGAAGGAUUGUGUUACUUGCGUUACAUCAAGGGGGACCGGCCGACAGCAUCGUAAAGUACACCAUCCAGAUUGCUAUGUUCUCACAGCAGAUGUCGCAGGUCCUAUAGCGCCGGGGCUAGAUCCUACCUCGAAGGGAACCACUGGGAGGAACCUGAAGUAUCUCCUGGUGGCAAAGUAUUUGGUUCCCAAGUCCUACAUAGAGCAGUUUUCUGGUUGUCAACCCCCAGAAGAUGAUGGAGUCCCUCUUGAGAGUAGGGAAGACAAGGAACCAGACGAGCUGUUCCCAGAGUUGUUCGGGGAGGAUGUUUGGCGUAAGUCUGAGGAGGAGGUUGUUGACCUUGAUGUUGAGGUGAAGCAUGUUCCAGACCAUGGAGAUCCUGCCCUACUUGAUGAUUUGGAGGAGCUGGACUAUGAGCCUUCUGUGUCAGGUGAGGAGGAGCAAGAAAAAGAAGAAGUACCAGAUGAUCUUCCACCAGGCAAUGCGGCUCUGCAGCAGGGGGACACAAUGGCUCCAGAGAUGACGUAUUUGACUUUUGCAAUGGGGCUUCCAAACAAUCAGUCGAGUACUGUGAAGCGGGGUUUGCAAGAUGUGGUGCUGUACUUACAAAUGCACGGGUUUCCUGUGUAUCGCUUCCACUCGGACAAAGGCGAGUUCUACAACCACCAACUACGUGCUUGGUUGAGAGAUCAAGGGAUUCUGGGUACAUGGUCUGAGCCAGGAGUUGUGGCCUACUGCGGCGGAGGCAGUCACUGCGGCGCAAAGGGCGCGAGUCCUUGGAUGGAAGAGCUGCCUAGCUGCACCGUAUGGAGCAGUAGAAAAGAAGGCCUUCGACAAAUAUGGGCCACUGAAGGGUUCUAUGUUGGAUUGAGCUCAAUUCUGCACCGUGGUCACUUGGUGUACGUUCCGGCCGAUGGCGAUGUGAAGGAGAAGUUCUACCACACUCUUCAUGUACGACCCAAUUUAGUUGACCCUGGACGCCCAGAUGCUGAGCUUUGUGUUGAUGAUCGCUCAAAGCCGAAAAGGCGUGUGAUGGGGAAGACAAAGUUGGACGAGGUCGAAAUGAAGAAACUCACGGUAGGGGAGAAGGAGCUUGGAGCAGUGGCCACAGCUGAGGCCGAGCAGUUACUACAAAAUUGGGACCUAGAGAAGGCGAAGAACUUGGUGAUUCAGCUUGCCCGCGAAGGUUUCUUUUCCAACCAGAAGUUUGGGGUUUUUCGUCAUGGAGGUACCGUGGGAUGGAUGACAGGAUUGGUGGAAUACCCUGAGGUCUCAAGAAUGUUGUCCCGGGUUGUAACAGAGACAUGUCCUACAGCAUCGUUUACUUCGAUCUUGGUUUCGUGCAAUACUCCCAAGUCAAUACACAAGGACUUCAACAACGAUUACCAGACGCAGAACUAUGUGAUCCCGCUAACCGAGCCCACCUCUGGAGGAGAACUUUGGGUCGAGUUAAAGGAAGGUGAUGUUGUUUGUGGUCCGAUAGAUCGAAGGGACUGCGGAGGAAAGCAGUUGUACGGCCAACUUCAUUCACUACAACCUGGAAGAUGCAUUGAGUUCAGCCCUGCACGAUUUCACGAAGUUUCCGACUGGGAAGGAGAGCGUGUGGUCUUGAUAGCCUAUACCCCCAACUGUCUCGGCAAGCUAUCCCAGGAAGAUCUACAUCAACUACACCAACAUGGGUUUCAAACUCCCUUGUCCCAGUUGCCUGAGUUUAACGGGAGCUUGAGUAUUGAGCCUCCAAUUGCUGGGAUGAGAGGUCUCCAUGUGGAAAGUGAUCGUCAAGAUGAAGGUCAAGAUGGGGUGGACCAUGGAUGGUCAAUGUAUCUUGAUCUUGAACCAGGAUUGGUAAAAGUAAAAAUAGCUGAUUGCAUUGGACCAGAGUUGAGACCAGUGCUACAAAAGGCUGAGGUCGGCUAUACCGAGGACAUAGAGACGGUCUUGAAGAACCUAUCAGGCCCUCUGGAUGUGGUGCAUAACGUCAGCCCCGAUGAGGUGAUGUCCAACUUCGAGCAAUGGCGCGCAGCUAUCACUAAGGAGGUGCAGGGAGUGAGUGUUGCCAUUGAGAGAUUGGUCCCUGGUUCGCCUUCCAGAAAGAAGUGGCUGAAUUUACCAAGGGUUCAGCGCCUGCCCAUGAAGUUUGUGUUCACUAUAAAGCCGAACGACGGUGCCAAACCCGACCAGCCCGAAACGUGGUUCAAAAGAAAGGCACGGCUUGUCAUCUGCGGAAACAUGGCCCGUUUUGAGGAAGCCUCGUUGUAUGCAGAAACUGCUCCAGCAGAAGCGGUACGAAUGGCUUUGACGAUGGCUUCGAAGAACAGGUGGCUUAUUGCAAUCUUGGACAUAGUUGCAGCCUUUCUCAAGACUCCCUUAGGUCGUGUGGAAACAGACCCAGUAGUAGUGGCCCAACCACUGCGAUUGCUGGAGGCGCUUGGACUUAUAGAGCCUAUGGAGCUGUGGGGCCUUAUAAGGGCUUUGUACGGUCUACGUGAAGCACCAAUGCUGUGGACCAACUAUAGGGACGCGACGAUGCAGACCCUCCGUGCUCCUGUGGGCCUGUCAUGGUAUCAGGGCAAGGCAAUUACCUCAUGGUGGACACUUAGAGACAAGGAGGGAAAGAUCAAUGGCCUGAUCGUUGUGUACGUGGACGAUUAUAUGCUGUGUGGACCCCGCGAAGUGAUUUGUGAGGUUUCCAGUAUUAUUCAGGAGAUGUGGGACACCUCAGAGUUGACGUUCCUGGGACCCGGCAGUUCAGUGCGCUUCUUGGGAAUGGAACUUCAUCGGGAGACUGAGGACAGUGAGGUGAUCACAGUGUUCCAGAAGGGGUAUGUGCAAGAGCUACUACGUCUUCAUGAAGUUAAACCAUCGCAGUUAGACAGGGUACCGAUCACCAAGGAGCUCUCCUAUAUCCCCGAAAAGCCGGAGCAAGCUUCUGAGGAGGAUGUAAGGAAGGCUCAGCAAAUGACGGGAGAAGCUUUGUGGGUGGCACAGAGAACACGCCCAGACCUUUCGUAUACUACUUCGAUGAUGGCAAGUUUGUGCACUAGAAGCCCGUCGCAGGUGGUGAUGAUCGGCAACAAGGUUUUGGGCUACCUCCAGCGUACCAUGAACUAUGGGCUGAGAGUUCAAUGGGGAAGCAAAGGCCUUGUGAUGUUCUGUGACGCUGCGUAUGCUCCACAAGGAGAUCGAUCGCAUGGAGGAUGGGUGGUAACCUACGGUGGAGUACCGAUAGUCUGGCGCAGUGGGCGGCAGCAAAUGGUCACAUUAUCCACUGCAGAGGCAGAGUUACUGUCGAUGAUAGAUGGUGCAGUGGCAAUGCUUGGUCUGGAGUCAUUGCUUGUGGACAUUGGCGAGGUUGUCUACGAGAGGGAGAUCGCAUCGGAUAGCAUGGCGGCCUUGAGUAUAUCCUCGGGAUCCAGUUCUUGGAGAACAAGGCAUUUGAGAAUCAAGGCAAACUGGUUGCAGGAAAAACUAAGCUAUGGGGUGCUGAAAGCCCGGCAUUGUCCAGGAGAACAUCAGCCAGCUGACCUGCUGACCAAGGCCUUGAGUUAUGCAAGAAUGACAUCGCUACUGUCACUAUGGAGCAUUGGCGAGCAGGUGUUGAAGAUGGCAUCUACUAUGGCAAGGUUGCAAAGCUCUUCAAGGGUGACUGUGGCUUUGGUGUGUUGCUUGCUUAUUGUAUCCGUGCAGGCGACGGAUGAUGGACAGACCCCAGUACGAGGUUCCGGGCUUCAAGUUGAUCGGGAUCUUGUGGGUUCCUUUAUGGUUGGACUGAUGGUGCUGGGUGCGUUGCUGCUUUGGGAAGGACUAAAAUGGCUAUGUCAAGAAGUCUACAACGAGUACACGCCGGGUGCUUCAGCUCGAAAACUCAAGAAGCUGAAGAAAUUACGUGAAGCUACGACCCGGGCAAUUGAAAGGGAGUUAGACCGUCUACAAGAAGAGCACCAGGAGCAUGGACAGUCCAGACGGGAGCAGCCAUCAUCGGCAUCGUCUACUACCAGGUCGCGAAGACAGGAGCCAAUGAGACAGAGAACCCCAUCACCGCCGAUUACUCCAAGGACAACAACACCAGCAAGAAUGAGCACGGCUAGGCUGAGGACACCGACACCGCCCCGACCAAGAACUCCGUCGCUGGCUAGAGUUGCAGGACAAUCACUGCAUGAAGCGUCAAGGGGUAGGGUUACCACGGCAACAUGGUCCCCAGGCUCCAAUACAGGCGUUCCGAUGCCAGAGUUUCAGAGGGUAUGCGAGGAUGUUUGCAGACUGAUGACCUGCGAAAGUCUGAAGGAGGCCUUGCGUACUGAGGGACUAGCAGUGUCGGGCUUGAAAGAUGAUCAAGCAAGAAGGCUGGGUCAUCGCAUGAUGGAGCUGGCGGACAACUCUUCGAGUCCGACUAUCAGACAGCUACGCUACGUGUUGUGGCUAUGGCGACACAAGGACAUGAGUGGACGGCAUGUACUUAGGUACUUUGAGAUCAACAAUAGAGAAAGGAUCUCAGCUCUCAUUGCGCAAUGGAACCGGACCUAA